AUGUCUCCAUUAAGUCCAGAGAAGAUGAAAUUAGGGGAAAAUGUUGAAGAUGUUAGUAGAGUUUCCAUGAAUUGGUUAAUUAAACUUAGAUUAAUGCAUAUAAACUCGCAACUCAAAAAUGCAAUAGAAAGAGAGAAUGGAAGAGAUCUACAAUAUCUUUUGGGGUGUCUCAAUCUUUAUAAAUUUCAUAGUGAUCUUAGUUGUUGUGAAUGUUAUCCUUUUGAUGUGCUGUUGUUGUCGAAAAAGAGAUGUUCAACGGUUGAAAGAGGUGUUAACAAAAGACAAGAAAGUGAAGAAAGGGAGAAGAAGAAUAGAAGCACAAAGCCAAAAAGAAAUUCAAGAAGACAUUAA